AGUCCUUCUUUCUACAGUGUCGGUUUAAUUCGUGACACCAAAAUAAAGUGUGUUUACUGUCACUUUUCAAAAGGGGUAUUUGCCGCACCUUUGAGAGGUACUUCACUGGAAAUGUAAACUGUUGCCAAAGCCGCCCAACCAGAACAACGACAGUCACUACAGUAUAACCCGUCCCAACACAGCAUUCUGGGUGCAGUAACGCCCUACGGUACUUUUUACGUUUCCGCAAAAAAGGAAAAUAUUCUUUAGGGUAGCAGCUUCUUCCGUCUUUAGUUGUACAACGGUAACAGGACAGAAGUUGUAAUGGGUGACAAGCCAGGACAGAAAUCACAAGUCAAAGAAAAUGCACCCACUAAGGUAACAGUAGGUGUUUCUACUGACUCGGGAACAGAGGUGGCAAGUAAAACAGAGAAACCUGACUGGAAAACAGCCUUGGAUCAUUAUGAGAACUUGGGCAAAACUUCGAAAAAACCCAGACCGCCCAAACCCCAGUUUGCAAUCACGAUUGCUGUGUCUUCGAGGGCUCUGUUUGAUAUGGUGGACGAACAGAAGAUUUAUACGGAAGACGGUCUAGAAAAGUAUGUGCAUUUCCAACAAAAUCAUGAGAACGAGCCCCUUCCACCAGGAUCGGCGUACCCAUUUGUGAAGGCACUGGAAACGGUUAAUGAACGCCUGCGCAAGAUGUACCCUGACAGCGAGGAGCUGUUUGAUAUUGUUCUGAUGACUAAUAACCACGCCCAGGUUGGUGUGAGACUUAUAAACAGUAUCAACCACUAUGGCCUGACAAUUGAAAGGUUCUGUAUGACAGGAGGAAAGAGCCCUGUUGGCUAUCUUAAGGCAUAUCACACCAACCUCUACCUCUCUGCUGAUUCUGAAAAAGUACAAGAAGCAAUAGCGGAAGGAAUUGCAGCUGCAACAAUGUUUUCUGGAAAAAAAUCCAUCACUUUCUCAGAUCAGCAGUUAAGGGUAGCAUUUGAUGGAGAUGCUGUUCUCUUCUCUGAUGAAUCAGAACAGAUUGUGAAGGAACAGGGUCUUGAUAAGUUCUUUGAACAUGAAAAGUUGAAUGAAAAUUUACCCCUUGCUCAGGGACCUCUUAAGUGCUUUCUGGAGGCUCUGGGGAAGCUACAGCGAAAGUUCUAUGCUAAAGAUGAACGUUUAGACUGUCCCAUACGGACUUACCUAGUUACGGCAAGGAGUGCUGCAAGUUCUGGGGCUCGAGCUCUGAAGACACUACGAGACUGGGGUUUGGAGAUAGAUGAAGCACUUUUCCUAGCUGGAGCUCCUAAGGGACCAAUUUUGGAGAAAAUCCGCCCUCACAUUUUCUUUGAUGAUCAGAUGUUCCACAUUGAAGGCGCUCAGCAGCUAGGUACCAUAGCAGCACAUGUCCCAUAUGGUAUUGGCCAAAAAUAUAAUAAAUCUACUCCCAAAGAACAAGCUCCUCCAAAAGAGCAAGCACCUCCAAAAGCCUAAAACUGCACUAUUAAUUCCCACAGUCAGCCUUUUACAUUGUGUACAGUUUGUUUUUUACGAGAAUGAUACUUUUGGUUUACAGAGAUGAUUUAAAAAAGUCUCAUUUGUUUACGCUGAUGUUUUAAUAUAAAAUGAGUAAAAUGUUUUGAAAAACUAGCUUAUUAGCAGUUGUGUUUUGGUAAAAACAGAAAAGAUGUUAUAGAUUUGGCUUGCAUUUAAUUGCAUUUGUUGACUUUAUACUGUUUGCCAGGGUGCAAAACAUUUAUUUUCCAGUCAGAAUUUUACUUUGUUUCCUAAUAUAGGAAAUGAAAAAGCGAUGUUACUUAACAGUGUUCGUGGGGGAAAAUGGCUGUAUUUUGAAUCCUCUUUGCAUACACUGGCUACAGUCUGACAAAAAAUAUUGUGGCUGCUCUUUCUGCCUUAUUCAGCCAUCCGUGGGCAGUUUUGAUACUGUUUUCUAAUGCACUUAUUUCAGGAUUAGACUAAGUAAGUCUGUUGUAAGAAAUUACAGUGAUGUUUUCUAAGUCUGGGGUAUUUUUAACUUAAGCAUGCUAGGCAUUUUAAGGGUAUUUAAAAUAGUUGAGUUUACUACAUGCAGUAUGUAUUGGGUGCCUUACAGCAACACUUUUAUAUUGGGAAGUUUAAUUGUAUAUUUUAUGUAUUAGCGUGUGGGUAUUUUAAGAGAUUUCAGGGUGAUUCCUGAUUGUGUUCUGUACAAUGCAGUUGUUUUUGAGGUCACAAAAGUGAAGCAGUUAAAUGUAUUUAAGGUAAUAUUUGAUAGUUUAAUAAAAGGUGUUACACAACA